AUGGCCAGAGAUCAAAACAGCGGCAGCGCCGAAGCCGCCAAUCCGACACCGAAGCGAGUGGUUGAGAGCUCCAAGGUCUGGACUACUCUGAUCACGAACACCAAAUAUUUACCAGGCCUCUUAACACUCGAUGCCUCCCUCAAGUUCGUCGGAUCCAAGUAUCCGCUUAUCGCGCUGUAUACCGACACAUUUCCGGCUGAGGGCCAUGCCGCCCUAGAUGCUCGCUCAAUACCGAAGAAACGCGUCAAUUACCUUCUGCCCAAGACGCAGAAAGACUUCACCAACGACCCGCGAUUCUACGAUUGCUGGUCAAAGUUGACACCAUUCAGUCUGGUGGAAUACGAGCGUGUUGUCCAGCUCGACAGUGACAUGCUGGCGUUGCAGAAUAUGGACGAGUUAAUGGAUAUACCGCUUGACGGCGCUGAGUUGGCAGGAAAGGGUCAGCGUGUGUUUGCAGCAAGCCAUGCUUGUGUGUGCAACCCGCUGAAAAAGCCUCAUUAUCCGAAAGAUUGGAUACCGAGAAACUGUGCAUUUACGUGGCAGCACUGGGCUCCGGAGGCUGCGCAGACUGCGGGUGCUGGUCCUGCAGAUGGAUUGGCAAUGCCAAAUGGAGGGCUGCAGGUGGUAGUGCCAAGUGCAGACGUGUACGAAAUGAUCUUGUCAAGACUCCAGGAUCCAAGCAUUAUGGAGUACGACUUCGCGGACCAGAGUCUGCUAGGAGAUCUUUUCCAUGGCAGGUGGGUGGCACUGCCAUACAUUUACAACGCUCUGAAGACGCUGAGAUGGGAAGGUGUGCACGCACCCAUCUGGCGGGAUGACAAGGUGAAAAAUGUACACUACAUCUUGAGCCCCAAACCGUGGGAUGAGAACGACGAGCAGAAGAAGAACAGUGUCGGUCAUACGCUUGAGACGGUCAGCAAAGGAGCGCGCGACGCCUCGAAUCAAUGGUGGUGGGAGGUGCAUGAGCGGAGACUGAAGGAGGAGAAAGGUCGUGGCAUCGAUGAUGGUUUCUAG